GCUGCUGGAGGGACUGGGAGGCCUGUGGUCGUUUUUGAUCCUGGACGGAUGUUUUGGACAAACUGAGUUUUAAUGUUCGCGACGGAAAGCCGGGGGAAAUAUCAGUCCUGUAUUCGAAACGGAACAUGUCUUUUUCAUGGCUGACUUGUUCACUUCUUCUGGGAACUUUGUGCGCAGGGUACAGUCUUGGAGAAGCAGAGACCCGGGAGUGUGUGUACUACAAUGAUAACUGGCGUACGGAGAGGACCAACCAGAGCGGCUUCGAGCGCUGCGAGGGGGAGAAGGACAAGCGGCUGCACUGUUAUGCCUCCUGGCUCAACUCCUCAGGGACCAUCAAGCUGGUGAAGAAAGGCUGCUGGCUGGAUGACUUCAACUGCUAUGACAGGCAAGAGUGUGUCUCCAUGGAGGAAAACCCUCAGGUCUUCUUCUGCUGCUGCGAGGGCAACUACUGCAAUGAACGAUUCACCCACCUUCCUGACAUGAUUGGCAGUGGCAACCGAGUGAAAAUCCGGCCUCCACCCCGAGUGCCGACCCUGCUCAACGUGCUGGUGUACUCCCUGCUGCCUCUCUGCGUGCUGUCCCUGGCCCUCGUUCUGGCCCUGUGGAUGUACCGCCACCGCAAACCUCCCUACGGCCAUGUGGACCUGAGCGAGGAUCCUGGACAAGCUCCUCCAUCACCCUUAGUGGGUCUGAAACCACUGCAGCUGCUGGAAAUCAAAGCUAGGGGGCGCUUUGGUUGUGUGUGGAAGGCCCAGUUGAUGAGCGAAUAUGUUGCUGUAAAGGUCUUCCCUGUUCAGGACAAGCAGUCAUGGCAGAACGAGCGUGACAUAUUCCUAACCCCGGGGAUGCGUCAUGAAAACCUCUUGCGUUACAUCGCUGCAGAGAAGCACGGCAGCAACCUGGAGACGGAGCUGUGGCUUAUCACGGAGUUUCACGAGAGGGGCUCAUUGACAGACCACCUGAAAGGCAACACUGUGUCCUGGACUGAGCUGUGUCACAUAGCAGAGACCAUGUCCCGCGGCUUGGCUUACCUCCAUGAGGACAUUCCCAGCUACAAGGGAGAGGGGCCCAAACCCACCAUUGCACACAGGGACUUCAAGAGUAAGAAUGUGAUGGUACGAGAUGAUCUGACUGCAAUCAUUGGAGACUUUGGGCUCGCUGUACGGUUUGAACCGGGAAAACCUCCUGGAGACACUCAUGGCCAGGUGGGUACGAGGCGUUACAUGGCUCCAGAGGUGCUGGAGGGAGCCAUCAACUUCCAGCGAGACUCCUUCCUGAGGAUAGACAUGUAUGCUAUGGGCCUGGUGCUGUGGGAGCUGGUGGCUCGCUGCACGGAGGCAGACGGUACAGUCGGCGAGUACAUGCUGCCGUUUGAGGAGGAAAUAGGCCAGCAUCCCACCCUGGAGGAUCUGCAGGACGUGGUUGUGCACAAGAAGAUGCGUCCAGCCAUCAAGGACUGCUGGCUCAAACAUCCUGGUCUGAGCCAGAUGAGCGAGACCAUCGAGGAAUGCUGGGACCACGACGCAGAGGCGCGACUGUCUGCUGGUUGCGUGGAGGAGCGCAUCGGCCAGAUCUCCAGGACGAUAAGCAGCACUACCUCGGACAGCCACGUCUGCAUUGUGACGUCUCUCACCAACGAGGACCUACCUCCCAAAGAGUCCAGCACCUGAACGGGUGACACCAUCCUUCACCUGAGCUCCUGUCUUUUUAUUUUUUUUUUUUUUAUUUUUAUUUUUUCAAAUCCAAACUCAGCGGAUCUCCGUGAAUAUUUAAAAACAUAACAACUAGCAAGUUGAAUGCAGCUGCUAUUAUCCCACACUGGUAAUUUUUUUUUUUUUUUUCUUUCUGUUUUUGGUGUUUAAAGUCCGAUCUUACUAACACAAUCCAUCUGCUGUAGUUUUAAAGUAGUAAUAAGUUAUGCGAUGGGCACAUCUGAUAACAUCCAUGUGUCAAAUCCUAAAUGUCGUCAUUACCUCAUGUAUUUCUUUCGUGCUAGUCUAUUUUUAUUACCUCAUAAGUUGUUAUCUCGGUCGUUUUUUCUUGUCCUGGUCGCGAUCGUCUGCGGCCAAAACGAAAUGAAACUUUUUGCUCCAAACCUCGGACGAAGUGCUGCACGCCUCGGAGGAACCGUUUUGAGACUGUUAAGACAAAAUAUAUUCAUCUUCCUCAGGGGUCGAAGCUUCUCGAUUUUUAAACUCUCCCUUAUUUUAAACCUGUGAAUGCCUCAGAAAAAAAAAAAAAAAAAAAAAAAAAAGAUCUAAAAAAAAUUGGAGCACAGAUGUGUUUAUCGCAAGGGAGGAGCUGAAAAUGGGAGCUGAGCAGUUAUAUUGGACGUUUUUCGACUUUUUGAAGAUUUGGGACAGGCGUCUUGUCUCCGGGGAACUACCUCUCAGGUAUCCAGUAGGCUUCUUUGGAACAUUUUUCUCUAAGUUGAGAGCCAAGCUAUCCAGCUAGCUAUCAUGGACAUAUUCCUGGAAUUUAUUUUGUUUUUUAAUUGUAGAAAUUCAGAGUUACUCCUUUGCCAGUGCCAGGGGCAUUGACGGAUGCUGUCUGGAGUUCCAAUGUUACACAUUCUUGAUUUUAACUGUGUAUGAAUGUGUGUGUGUGUGUGUGUGUGUGUGAGAGAGAGAAUUUGAGGACUAAAUGAUGUGGUAUGGAUAGAGCGUGUUUUUAAAGUAAGAAGCAUGGACAGAUAGUUGGGGUUUAUCCUUGCGAGGGCCAUACUUGAGUAAGCAACAUGUCUGUUUUUUAAUUUUCAUGGGUGUUUUUUUUCAAUAGACUCAGUCAGACACCAGUCCCCAGAUACCUCAAGUCACUGUACAUCAUGCAAGGAGAGCUCAAAUGGUUGCCUUUGUCUCAAAUGCAAUGCCAUAGUUGUACCAUAACAUGAAUACCAUACAUUGAAUGUCCGUUAUGCUGCUGUGACUAUUCCAGGAUACUCAAGGAUUUGUAGAUGUACAUGUAUUCUUUGUCGAUAUAACGCUAAUGAUAUUAUGUGAGGCUAAUAUUCUGUUUUUGUGUUUAUUGACCGGGUAAGCCCUCAGCUGCUUACUCCUCCAGACUGACCUCAGAUAUUCUGACAAGUACCUCAGGCUUUUUCUACAUGUAUAUCAAGUUGUGUUAUGUAUUUUAUUGUGUUUUUAGUAGUUGAGAUAUUUUAUUGCCGGUUGGGCCUCUUUGUCUGUGGAGAUUCUUUUUUUCUUUUCUUUUUUUUUUUUUUUUCUUAAAUAGAGCCUGACCAGUUGUCACGGUGUUAAUGCUGUACAAACCUAAAAAGAAGAGAGGCAGAUUCUUGUAAAUAGACCUGUUCACACAGUUGCCGAACACUAAUCUGUUUUUUUGUUUUUUUUUACUCUAAAGCAGGGCAUUAUUGUUUUCAUUUCACAAAAACGGAAAGGGAUUUCUCAGUUCCACUACCACAUAUUUAAAAGUCAUUUUGACAACCAGCCCUGUGAUAUUUCUUUUUAUAUAUAUAUAUA